AAAUCAUCUUCUAAAAAACGACGUAUAUUGCCAUGCCCUUAUACAAAACCACAAGAUUCAAAACCCAAAUGUAAAUUUAAAUAUGAUCAAGCUUGUAACCUGCUGCAGGCUAUUGAAUUAAGUGGGCGAGAGCUGCUUAGCAAAACAUGCCUUGCUCAUUUGGCAAUAUAUGUUUCUAAAACUUGGGAAGAUAAUUACUGUCCAGAAAGAACACAACAGCUAUUUUACAUGAUGAACAGUUUAUUAAAUACAACCCGCAUUGAGGCCGAUGAACCCUUUGAGGUCUUACUUCAGAAAUAUUGUGCAAGUUCUACAUCGAUGCCCACCCUGUGUCCCAGUGUGACCUUGCUGGUUGCGAUCAGUUAUAUCGAACGGUUGAACAAGAAAUACCGAAAUCUAAAAGGCACCGCAGGUUGUGGAUCCCGGAUGAUUUAUGUCGCCUAUAACCUUGCAGCAAAAUAUAUCCACGACUGUCUCAGAUUAGUCAUCUACACUACACAAAAGUAUAUUGAUCGACCCAUGACACCCCCUACUUCACCUAAAAUACCCCAGAAUAACAAUAACAAUAAUGAUAAUGAUAAUAAUAAUAAUAAUACAACCGUGCAUACCGCCACAUCCAUCUUUCAGAGUUGCAUUGAGAAUGAUGUUGAAAAAAGACAAAAAGUAGCUCGAAUGGAAAAAGAAUUUCUAUGUUUCCUCAACUUUGACCUCUCUGUAGACGAUCCUAUCGCUCUUAUCGAAUGGGCACAAAGUUAUGAUGAUGCACCCAAGCAAUCAACCAUAUUUUGUCUUGAUGAAAAAUAUACCUCGGCGGACGAAGGCGAUGAUGAAAUGGAUGAAGACGAUGAUGCGACAUUGUAAAAAAAAAAACAAAAAAAAACAAAUAUUGUAUUUAUAUUAUAUCCACACAUUUUGCUAAUAAACCUCCCCCACGUCUAUCAUUGUUGUCCAAAAGUCUCAA